AUGCCAACCGAUAAUGGGGUUGAGGUAAAACAGUCCCAGAUGCCUGAUGCCGGCAAGGGAUUAUAUGCCCAAGUCGCCUUCUCGCCGGGCGAGAUAGUUGCCUCUGUGGACAGACCACUUGUAACAGAACUUGAGGCUGACCGGAUGCUUGAUACCUGUGCUUGGUGUUGUCAGCGCGCCGCGACAGAUCCUAUAGAACGGAAAACGGCAGCGUCCAUGGGUCUUCCCCACGGGUUUACUGAGGUCAAAAGCUGCACUGGCUGUCGCAAGGUUGCGUAUUGUUCUAGGGCGUGCCAAUCUAAGGCCUGGAAGCGCGAACAUAAGUAUGAGUGCAAAGUCAUCAGUGUAGAAGACCUCCCCCCUCUACCUCCUGGUGUCCGUGGUGCCAUCAAGAUCAUAGGUCGCUCGAAAGCGGACCCCGACAACGAAGUCAUGCAUACGCACAAGAUCAUUAAUUUUUGGCCUGCUGGAGAUCCCAACGCCAUGCUCGAAAUUCACAGGCUGGACAAGAAGAGAUUUGACGAUUUUCAGGUCCUUGGACAUGCUGCUUGGAUUUACAGUGGAAAGCCUCAAGCCGACAGAUUGGACCUCAAAUCUAUUUCCAGAAAGGUGGUGUCUAAUAUCAUGAGCAAUGCCAUUAUUUUGUCAUCCGUCUUUGAUGGAGUUCCUCUAGGAAUUGCGUUCGAUCCGCUGAUCUCCAGUGCAAACCAUUCCUGCGACCCAAAUGCAGUGUUGGUCUUUAACCAGCCACGGCAUGAAAUCCGAGCUUUGAGGAAGAUCAAGGCUGGCGAGGAAAUCCUCAUCAGUUACGUAGAGGCCACUAAUCCCUUCAAUGUGAGGCAGAUGCAGCUGAAAGAAAACUAUCUCUUCACCUGUCAAUGCACAAGAUGCCUGAAGGGCGGUAACCUGGAAACAGAUAAAUUCCUUGUGAAUGCUGAGGAUCUUGAGAAUGAGUACCGCAAAUUAGCAGAUAAAUUGGUCAAUCGUCACGAGACGAAACUUUCAAAGUUCUUGUUGUCUGAUAAUGACAAUGAAGCCCAAAAACGACUAGCUGCUAUGGAGGCCGAAGCGUAUAGUGUACUGGAGAAUGACCAAGCGGGCACCGGUGAAACGAAAGAGGCAAUAGAAAUGUGUAUUGGGUCGAAAAUGUGGUCUUGGACGCGCCAGCCUAUUCCACAACUUUGUCGUCGUCUUGCCACACAGUAUCUUCAGUCCGGGCUCAUCUACGAGGCAUUCAGGAUCGGCGUCAAAUUACAUAUAGAGAUACUUCCUGCACUGUACCCGCAAGAGUUUCACCCAGAUCGCGUGAUAAAUGCAUGGGCUGUAUCAACUUUAAUUAAUGUGCUGUGUGGCGCUGCACACGAAGAGCUCUACGAGGAACUUGCCAAGGGCGGUGUACAGCUGAGGGUGCUCUAUUUUGGCUUCCUUUUCUAUCUUCAUGACCAUACGCCUCGAAUAUUUCGUUCCGACAGCCCCUUCGCCAGGGUCAUCGAGAUCACCUAUACGCAGAUCAUGGCGGGCGUGACGUAUUCCGAAGCAGAGUUGAAGGAGAAAGUCCAGGCCGCUUGGCCAGCAUUGGAAGCCCUAGCCAACAAUGUCUCCAUCUCAAAUUUCUAG